AUGCAGGGGCAAACCAAGCACUACCCCAAGAACUGCCUGCUGACCGUCAUGGACCGCUACUCGGCCGUGGUGCGCAAUAUGGAGCAGGUGGUAAUGAUCCCCAGCCUCCUGCGGGACGUGCAGCUGAAUGGGCAGGGGCAGCAGGCUCAGGAUGGGGCCCCCGACCUCUACAACUACUUCACCAUGCUCAAGGCCAUCCGCGUGGAUGUGGACCAUGGGCUGCUGCCCCGCGAGGAGUGGUGGUCCAAGGUGGCAGGUGGCAGAGCCCAUGAGGCUGAGCAGGAAGCUGGAGAGACAGAGGAGGUCGAGGACAAGAGGGUCUUGGGGCAGCUGGACCUAGAAGCUCAGUUCCACCUGCACUUUUCCAGCCUUCAUCACAUCCUCACCCACCUUACCCUGAAAGCUGAGGAGGUGACGAGGAAAUACCAGGAGAUAAUGGGACAGGCCAUGUAG